ACUCAACAGUUGUGCCUGCUGAACGCGGCCUAUAUCACGAACCAUGUCUCGUAAUUCAAUGCGUGAAACGGAAGGCACCCACAGCACAGUGUGGGGCACGCGACAGAUUUCCAUCUAUACUCUAUAGGCUUGGUUAUAAACCGGUCGCUUUUUAGAGUGAUUUGAUUUUGCGGUACAAAAGGCGAUGGGGAAAAAAGAUAAAAAGAAAAAUAAGCACAAGGUAAGCGGUCAAGUGAAGACUGCAUUAAAAACCGAGAAAAAGCUUAAUGCAAAGCAGAAGAAGGAAUUAGCGGCACUUGGUGAGGAUGACAUAGAAAAGAUCGUUGCUGAAAUUGAAGAAGAGGAGGCUCGCAGGCAAUGCGUCAAGGAGGUAGCGGUGGAUGCGCCGCUUAGACGAGUAAACUUCACCCUGACGGCACAUCCUCUUAAGGAUGAGCUUGUCAUGCUUGGCGGCGAGUUUCAUGACGGUCGACAAACAAUUGUAUACGGCGACAUGUUCGUUUACAACAUAAAUAAGGGAGAAUGGACAUUGGUGAAGGCACCUGGGGCACCGCCACCGCGAUGCGGCCAUCAGGCAGUAGCCACAUCAAGGUCAAAUCAUGGUGAAUUGUGGGUGUUUGGUGGUGAAUUCACCAGCCCAAGCGAGUCGCAGUUCUAUCACUAUCGAGACUUGUGGGUGUUUCGAUUUGCUGACAAGAAGUAGGAAAAGAUCACAGCUCUAAACGACCCAUCAGCCAGAAGCGGGCACAGAAUGGUGCACAUGAAGAAACAGCUGAUAGUGUUUGGCGGAUUCCAUGACAAUCUGCGACAUGAUUAUAAAUAUUUCAACGACGUACACAUUUUUGAUUUAGAGACUUACACGUGGAGGAAAAUCGAAGAGAAUGAAUGAGAUCGAAGGCAGAAAUUCUAUCUCGUACAUCGACAUUGCAGUAUUUACGUUUAUUAAAAUACCACUUUUCUUGACGAUAAAUUCCGAUAAACAAAGAUGGCUACGACUUAUUCAAAGUCAGCAACUAGGCAAAUUUAUCUCUAAUUUUGUUGAAUAUUUGUUUCAACAUUCUUUAUCAAAAAUUUGUAAAAAUCACGAAUACGAAGUAACAAAGGAUACAAGCGCCGAGACAGUACGUUAGUGUCCAAAUGAUUUUCAUUUUUCGCAAUUUUGCAAAGUAAAAUCAUAUAGGCACUAACAUAUUGUCUUGGUAUCGUGUAUUCUUUAUUGCUUCAUAUUCGUGAUAUUAGAAAAUGUUGUGUAACAAACAAAUUUACUUUUUCACUCACAAUAAUUUCUAUAUGUAUUACGGUUUCUCUUUUUCAGAAACGCACUGCUACUUGAUAACGACGAUCGUUUUUGUCACAUUGCGUUAACGAUAGCGCAGUUUCGUUUAAUCGAUCAAAGAUUAAGUUGAACGCUAGCUUUUAUUGUCACGUGUCAAACGUAAUUUCACUUGCAUGCAUUAUCCUUCAAUGGGAAUUAAAAUACAUCGACUAAUCGCUUGUUCUUUCGGUUAAAAGUGAUAACGCAAUAUUUUUAUUUUUGUAAGGAGAUGAGAAGGAAAAAUUGUAUUAAAAAGUGUUUUUCCUUUAAA